AUGCAACGAAGUGCAGCUGAAGGUUACCAACAAGCCUCGCUUUCCGAGCAAAAGGUGGACGGGGAAGACUUCAUUCAAACAGAUGUCUGCCCCAAAGCUGGAAACGUCAUCUUGGAUUUAGGCUGCGGUACAGGAGAGCUGUCUGCAUACCUUGCUGAGUUGGUAGGACCCGAAGGAAAGGUUAUUGGUGUCGAUCCUGACAAGGAAAGAAUUCAGCUGGCCCGAGAGUCUCACAAGCAAGUCAAAAAUCUCUCUUUUGUAGAAGGGAGUGCUUCAAUCUUGCCACUGCAGACUGGCUUGGGGCCCUUCGAUAUUAUUUUCAGUAGUUAUGCCCUUCAUUUUAUGAAAAACAAGAAGCAAGUCUUCGACAACAUGUUUAACAGUCUUAAAGCUGGAGGGAAAAUAACGAUUAGCUACCAGGACUGUUUGCCUCCGUUUGAGUUCAACGCUUACAUGCUGCUGAAUCCAGAGAAUGGAGAACGUAUCUGCAACGAGAUGUACCAAUGUGAGACUAAAACCAAGAUUGAACAUUACUGUUCAUCAGCUGGAUUUCAAAUUGUCAAACAUGACAAAUUUUGCGCCUCAAUUGUUUUUGAGUCCAUCCAGAGUCUUCUGAAGUGGCACGGGUCUGUUACACACGGCGUAUUGGAUCUUUCGCUUGUCACUGAAGAGCGUUUACAGAAGUAUCUCGCUCCAUACGUUGGCGAAAAUGGGAAGCCUUCCCUGGAUUUCCGAGGAAUUAAAGAGGAAUCCCCUGUGUACCGAUUGGUGGCCGUCAAGUAAGUCACAAACGCCCAAGAGGAAUACAAUGGAUAAGAAAAAAAUCCUUAAUGAUAAUGUUCUGCCUUAACUUGUCAGUAGCAUUUGUUUUAACUGUAUACUCACACUUUGCGACCUGACGACAAUAUCCUUCCAGUGGCAGAUUAAAUUAGUAAUUAUACUAAUUUCUAAAACUAAUAACACCAGCUCUUUACAAAUUAAAUCUAUUUGUUGUUGUUGUUUUUAUAAUAGUAUUUGGAAAAUCAAACUGUUUUUUCUUCGAUCCUAUAAAAACUUGAGAAGUGUAGAGCGGUUUCGCCAACUUGUCAUCAGGCGCUGCAGUAAAAAAAAAAGAAAACCUUAUAAUGCUAUAAUAAAGACAUAUACACAGGAAUUUACUGCCCCAUGACUUUCAUUUGAAUGCUCACUGAAUCAGGGUUUUCUAUAACAUUUCAAAGUAGGGGAUUCAUACGUGAAACAAACGGUCGUCUUGGAAAGUCUAAAUUUGGACUUCCAAUCUAGACAAUCGGACGUAAACCGGUUGUCUGUGCGAGCUUUCUAGUUGCCCAUGGCGCGAACUCCAAAGCGAAUCAAAAGUUUGAUUUCCUGAAAAGCCAUUUCCAACUUUCCUGGAACCUGAAUUGGUUAACCGAGAAGGUUUUUGGAAGCUCUAAAAGCUAAAAAUGCAUGACUCAACAGUACCUUUGAUAAAAAAGAUUACAAAAUUACGCGAUUCUUUUACUCUUCAAAAACUAAUUAGGGAUAUACUACUUGACUUGAGAAAGGUUUUUCAAGCAAAGCACGUUAACCACCAAACUUAGCGACUUUCCUUAAGAUUUAUCUGGAAUUAUUUUUAAGUAAUCCACAGACUCCCUAACCAAGUACCACAGCAAAGUAUACUGCUCAGUAGUUCUCACUGGAAUGGCACCUUCGGGAUUAAAUGAUCCUUAAUACGUCACUCGCCUCAAAUAUCAUAUCGGAAGUUCCAAAGCUUUCCUAAAGAUCUCCAAAGAUUACCAGUUAACUGAUUACUCAUGGGAAAAAGCAAAAGAUGCUUUCCUGUUCAUUUUAAAAGUCGUUUCGGCUUCUCACGAAACAAAAUAGUACUUCAUGCGUUAUGGCAAUCCGUAGUCUAUUAAACAGUUUUCUAACGAAAAAAGUCCACUUAGAAGAAAAAAAGGGAUUAAGAAACGGUAUUGGAAUCUGGAGCAGGUUUCAGGGCAUUUUUAGAGGAAAUUGAAUUGAUUUUGUUCAUUAUAAACGUAUUUUUUACUUCGUGAGUGAUCUUUGGUGCUCUUUAGUAAAGUUUUGGAGCCUCCGAUAUUAUAUUAUUUUGAGAUGAGUGCGGUUUAAAUCUUGUCUCUUAACUCUUUGGCGGUUCUUAUAAGCCAUAUGCUCUGCGAAGGAAAAUUGUCGAAAUUGGCAUAAAAUGUCUAAAAAUCCUAUGAUAUUUAUCAAAAUUGGUGACGUGUGGUGUAAAAUUCGUUCGGGCUCUGAUAGGCCUUCAGCUGAGAGCGCCAUCAUCGAUAGAUAUGCAAGGAAUGAUGUGUGGACGACGCUGACCGGUACUGAAGGGGACAUCAAAACAACAAACAACUAAACGAAAAAAAAAAUAAAAAAUAAAAACAAAAUGUUGAGGAUAACAUUUUUCGAAACUUUUCCGAAGUUUCAAGCUUCUUGUAACAGACAAACAAAUAGCAAAUUUUGAGAGAAUUUACCAAAAUCAAAGUCAAAUCAUUGGAAUAUCCUGUAGUUUUCUAGAAAUACCGAAAAAAUAAUAUUCCUGACCUGACUUUUGUAGCAGGGACUAGUUAGCCAUCAACACAGGAAUAAGUAAGCCAAUCACAAAGCAGCCUGGGAACGAGGGUCUUGAUUGGUUGGUUAUAAGGUUCUGGUUGAACCAUAACCUUCAUGGCCUCAAGAGAGCAAGAGCUUACUCGCAGGCUAAUCUUGAUCCUGAAUCAAGUAAAAACCUAUUGGUGGCUACUAACAUUGUGAUAGAUCACAUUAUCAAAACCGUA